AUUUAAAAGACCGACCUAAAGAGCCGCAGCUUUUGAUGAAUUGUUGGAGUUGGUGUGUUUUUAAUUUCUGUACGUUGUUAUGGCAUUUUUGUUGCUCUGGGCCAUAAAUUUCGGAUCAGUUUUGGCAGAGUCAUCUGUAAAAACAAACUUUAUUGGUUCGGUAGCCGUAUGGCCAAAAGCACAAUUCCCUGUUGAAUUGGGACAAACUGUAACUUGGUUGUUCAGUCCAAUAGGAGGUGCUGAAUAUGAUGUAAACUCAGCUCUUAGCUUUGAUGUCAACGGUCAAAGGGCGUAUCGUGUCCAAAAGGACAAAUGUGGUGGCCCUCUGGAAAAGUACUUUUCGUGCAUUUACAAACCUAAAAAUGAAAUAUCUGUUACAUUCACGCCGGAGGCAUCCCAUUACGGCCAAUUGCUGGAGAUUUUUUAUUAUAAGGAUAUGUACUCAUUAUGGCUGGCAGAUACUUCCGCAAUUUUCUCCGAAACCAUUCAGUUAAUCAAACAACCCACCUUUGUCAAGAUGUCAAUGGAGUUGAAGGAAGCCUCUCGCUAUAUACAUAGUGUACCAACUAAUCUUCGUUUGGAUCCCCCGAUAUUUCUUACGGGCUCUAACGUCCGAAUCGAUUGUUCAACUGAUGGAUCAUUGCCUCCAGCUCCGAUUAGUUUCAGUAUUGAAUGCCCUCCCCCACCAACAGCUGUUGUUGAACAUGAUCGAGUUACUCAAGCUAAACAAAAUUUAGCCUAUGAAGUUUUCUAUUCAGCAUAUGGAUUUCGUUCACCACCAACUUUAGCUGAUUUAGCUCCCUAUGUUGCCCGAAAACAUGCUGAUCAAUUGUUGCGUCUCGGUCAUGUAUCAACUAGCAAAGAUAAUUUAACUCUAAAAGCCCGUCUUACUAUCAACGAAAAGGCGCAUGAUUGUCAUGUUGUUUGUCGCUUAGGUGGAAAAGAAACCCGUCGCAGACUAACGGUUUAUUAUCCAACAACUAUAUCUUAUUUGCUACCGCGCCCUCGUGAAGGUUUCGUCUACGUUGGCUCUGAUAUAACAUGUUAUGCAGAUGGUCACCCACCUCCAAUGCUUUCUCUCCGUCUUACACAACCACUGCGUCCACCCAACCCACUUACUGCUGAAGAAAUUGAUGCCUUACGUCAAGGUGGUCGGUUACCUCCUCUACUUGAGGAUGAUCCAAUAACCAGAGAACUAACUCUUAAUAAUGCAGGAUUGGAUAUUGCCCCACAACAGAUGAUACCUUCUCCUGGGACAGAAGACAAAGAGAGUUCUUCUGUUGCAUCUUCUGGUACACUUCAUCAAGUUCCAGUUAGUUCAGAUGAAAAAUGGCUUAAUGGGAAUGGAAAAGAACCUUACGAGCGGGCACAUCGUGUUCCUGGACUUGGUUUGUCUACAGUUGAAAGACAUCGUCAGUUAGGUCUUCGACCUAAUGAAUAUACUAUACAAGGAGCAACAUUUUAUUUAGCCCCAAAUGCUACUCCAGGUGUAGAACUUGUUUUAAGCUGCACUGCAAGAAAUGUACUUCCAGGUGAUACUACUUUCUUGGGACUAAAUGGAACAAUAACUCGAACUAGAUUUGUAGUAGCUGCUCCAUCUAAAGAGGCUUACGCUGACUGGGUUUUAUCACCAACUAGUUGGGCAGUAGCACUUGGAAUAUGCUUUUGUGUCCUACUCAUACUACUGAUUAUAUUCGGAGUCAUGUUGUUACAGAAAAGACAUCAAAAUCAAACAAAUCGAAAUAUGCGAAGUGUACCAAAUGGAGCUAAAAAACCGAAAGGCUAUUCAAAAGAUAUGACUAGCAAAGAGCAACCUCGAGGCGGUACAAAGUCGUUUGCUGCACCAACGCCACUACCAAGCACUACGGUUGGGACAAUAUCUAAUCUACCGAAUAAUAUUUACAAAAGUGAUACUACUGAUUAUACCUAUGACUUAGUCUAUGCCCAGUCACCAAAUGAAUUACCCGGUAGUGGAGAUCCAAUCCCAGAUAGUAAUAAUUUACAAUAUAUGGAAUUGUCAUUUGAUCAUGUUCGUCCUGGUCAGCAGGCGGCUACACUGGGUCCACGGAAAGGAGGACGUGUUGGUACUUCACUAUCUGGUGAUGGUGUAGGCACCUCAUCAAUGACUCUUUUCGGUGGUACUGGUACACAGUCAGCGGGAUAUGGAUAUCCACGACCGAUGGUUGCUUCUGUACCACAAGGUUUAAAUAUCGCCAGUGGUGGUGGUGGUGAUAUUGGAGAUGGUUACUCCUCGACUCUCGCGACUGAUCCAAUGCUUUUGCCUAGAGAUGAAUCAUCGCAUUACACUGAAAUAGUUGGUUUUAUGCAACCGAAAGCUUAUGCAUCUCAAUUGGUUCUUCAACAGCAACAAGAAGCUACACAGGCACUGUUAGCUAUGCAACAGAAUAAACCUCGUGUAUUUGUUUGAUGUGCUGCAUUCAUUCAUUCAUUGGAUCGAUUGUCUGUCAGUGAGUCAGUCAGUAUCUCUGCACUACCUUGAUGUUAGUAGUUAGGGUAUUUAUUUACAUACUGCUGCACUGCAAACCACAUACAUUCCUGUAAUAAUCUCUUUUAUUUUUCGAAUUUCUUUCUAUCUGCUUAUAUGUCACUUAACACACUUUUAUGUGAUAAUAUAUAACUCUCAAAUUGAAGUUAAUUCGUGCAAUCCUUUAAAAAACCUAUUUCUUCUAUUGUUUUUAUACUUUAUCAAAACCAAUUAAUAAACGUGUAUUAUAUAUAUGUAUGAUGUAUGAUGUUAUCAAAUAUUAUUAUUAUUAUUACUAUUGUUAUUUAUCGAUUCUCGGCCAUUGUCAGUUGUAUUUCGGCCUCUUGUCUUUUUCUGUUUUUAAUGAAAUAUUGUUAUUAUUUAUUUGACGCAUAACUAAACUAGUCAGUCUCAAAACACCUUCCUUUCUGUGUGUGUGUUUGUGUUCUGCGCUUUACCAACCGGUUCUUUGUCUCCGAACAGUCAGUCAGUUUUAUCUCUAUUAUCUUUUUAGUUAUAUACAUCUGUAUGCUUGUUUGUAUGUAUGUGUGUGUGUGUACAUCACAAGAAUUGAUGAUCAUGUAUUAUGUGAUUUUACAUGGUUCUCAAAUUUUCCUCUCUAGUUGUCUUUUUUUUAAAAUUAUUAUCUAUUUUGCGUUUCUCUAUCAUAUUAUUAUUUUAUUUAUCACCAAUAUUAAUUGGGAUUUUUCUUGUUUAAUGAAUCAUGAUCUGAUACGUUUUGCAUAUAUAUAUAUACAUAUAUAUAUAUAAUUGCUUGGAUUACUAUCAAUACUGUUAUUGCCACUAUUAGUCUGUUACCUACCACCUGGGGGGAUCACAAUUACAUAUUUAGUUUGUUAUUUAGUGUGACUGUCUCCCUUCGGUUUUGAUUUUUUUUAGCUCCUAUAAACUUCCAUCUAUUCUGUGUUCAUCAGAAAAUUGACAUGAUUCGCUCAUCAUCAUGAUCCCUGAGCGUUUGUUUUUAUAUUCCUCUGUGUGUACCAUACAGAUAGAUGUACUAUGAGAUUGUUUAUGCCUUUGUUUUAUCUUCUUCUUCUUCUACUGCUGUUGUUGUUGUCGCCUCCGAAAUUGAAUUCUUUAAACAAAAUAAAGUCCAACCACUGUUUGUUUCCCGCCCCGCCUCGCUUUUCAUUCUCUCCCAAAGAUAGUCAUACACCGCGACCCCACCACCACCCCACCAUAUUCAAACACAUUCAUUCUCUUCAUUGUCUACAGUCGUUUUUACCUCCCCCUUUUUUUCUUUUGAUUGUUGUUUGAUUAAUUUGAAUUGUUGGCUUAUUUUUUCUUUCAUCCUUACUCCUAGCGCUGUCCGUCCAAUCAGCCUGUCAUCCAUCCAUCCAUCGAGAUCAAUCAUAUUUGUCGACUUCUUUUUAAUAAUUUCAAUACAAUUAAUGGCCAGUGUUAGAAGAGAGUUUAUUACUUUGUAACACUUUAUAAAUGCAAUCUGAUUAUGUAUGAUUAUAUUUAUAUUACUUAAUAUUUAUAAUUAUUGUAAUUGGUAAUUUUUCGUUUGUUUGUUUGUUGUUCCCGAAUCUCUAGUUCUUUUCAUAUUUACUGUGGUUUACUUUAUUUAUAUGAUUUCAGGAAAACAAUAAAUAAUAUGAAAAAAACCCAACAAAUAUAACAGUAGUCAUGAUAUAAUGAUAAUAAUAAUAAUGAUAAAUAAUUAUAAUAAUGAGAUAGCUUGUAUUUCUUUUAAAACUACCUAUCCGAUUACUGCUCUCUCUCCCUAUCUUUCACUUUUAUGUAUCUAUCUCCUCAUGUUUACUUCCCUUUUCAACAUUACGCUUAUGAUGAAUAAAUAAAUAAAUAAUGAUAUUCUCGA